AUGUUAAGUAAUCCACCAAGAAUGCCAAAAGAAGAACUAUUCUUAUUUGUUGGCAUAGUUAGCGCUCCAUCGCGUCUUGAUCGGAGAAAUGCCAUCCGAGAAACAUGGAUAAAAGAAUGUCAAUGUAAUCCUGAUGCUGUUUGCCGUUUCUUUACCGACGGACAAGAUCCAAAGGGACAGGCGUUGCAAGGAGAGAACAUAAGUAAACUUGAAAACGAGAGUCGAGUUUAUGGAGAUAUUCUUUUAGCUGAUGCACCUGGAGGGAUUAAUUUUGCUAUAAAGUAUCUUUGGAUGUUGCAAUGGGUGCACGAAAGAUACGACGUUCGUUACUUUCUUCGCCUUGAUGACGAUUACUUUAUAUGCUUUCGGAAGUUGAUGGCGGAAUUAAAAUUUCGACCAAAGGAGAAAUUCCUAUGGGGCUGGCUGCAUUGUAGUCAUAAAGGUAUGAGUGAUAAUUCAGCUAUCGUAUUUACUCGUUUAAACGCAGCCCCGAAUAAAGGCCGCCCCAAAAUAAUAUAUAUCCGCACUUGUUCACAACAACGUAUCAUUUAAUCUAAGUACUGUUUGAAAAAUGCUGUGUGUACGAUGUUGCAAUCUUUAACAAUUGCUUAGGAACAUUUUUCUCCAGAAUUUCAAUGUCCUUUAUGUUUAUUUUGUUCCUAAUAUGUCUUGUUAUGGCUUACAGGUAAAAAAUUUUAUAAAGAAUGCCGCCAUCGAACAAAUAACAAAAGAACAAAACAUCGUCGCGGCCUCAAAUAAGUGUAAUACUAAACAAUUAAAGAGUAUCGCGGCGCCAUCUAUAUGGACAAUUUUGUGUUGGUUAUAACAAAUGAAAAUAAUGUUUCUUAAUAAACUCAAUCUGAUCAAUAAUUGGUAUUUACCUAAAAUAUUCACUGAUAUCAAAACUACGAUUCGAUGGAGCAACCUUUUGAAUUCCCUGAAUUAAUUUUGAAGCAAGAAUAUUUUUAAUGAAAAGAAAAUUUUUAAAUCUACCACUUCUCUUACGAAUCGUUAACCAUUAUGUGUUUAAUUUAAAUUAGUAGUACUAUCAAGGAAACAAUUUCUUUUAUAUAGCUUCCCAUGCAACAACUAAACUCUACUAAUGAGUUUUAAUUCGUUUUAAGCACGAGAUAUUGAGAUUUGAGUGUCCUCUCAUUAAUUAUUUGCUGGCAGAUAGUAGAAGAAAGAAAUGCCACUACUAACCAAUUUCUUUCUAGGCAACAUUUUUUAUUCCUAGCUAUUACCGAAAGCUUUAAAAACCUCUUCUAAAAUGUCACCAACACCACUGUACAUUUGCGAAGCUUUCUUUAGGCAUAGUAGACCUAAAUGGUCCAUCCAACCAUAGCUUUGAGAUCAGCGGUGCAUGCAGUAUUGAAAUCGGUUCUAGAUAUAGGGCAAGUUGGUGGGCAUCCUCUCAUAAUUACCUCGCUAGUUCAUAUUUAAUCCGCACAAGACGUGGUCAGCUUCACUCUAAAUUUCCUGGUGAAUCUGCAAAUAACGCUUUUUGGGUUAAGUUAUUGUUAGUAUUGCUUAUUCGUUAUUUUUAUCUCACUCUCUACCAUAGGCAAUGUUAAUGUAAUCAGUGAUCUGGUUAUAUUUGACAAGGAUGCCCUUGUUAAAAUAACCAGACUAUGUUAGGUGGAUGAAUAACCAGGACGCGCUGGUUAAAUAUUAUCCCGUCAUAAUAUAAUCUGGUUAAUUAAUUUAACCAGGAAAUGGCGGUCAAAUUAACUACACACAGGGGUGUAGGAAUCAGGGUGGUGGGGUGGAGGCACGGGGGGAACCCCUUUUGUGAGGAAAAGUGCCCUUUUUGUACAAACUAAUGUCGCUGUAAAUACUAAAUUAACAUCAAAGGUGCCCCUUUUGUUUGGAAAUUUCCAUGUUUUUAAAAAAAAAUUUGUUCAAAAACGUGCAAUUUCGGUAUGGUAUGACGGGAAAAUUUUUCUCUUCCCCCCCGUCGCCAACAUUUCCGAGAAAAAUUUCAGAGAAAUUUUUUAGGUGCCCUUUUCAAUAUCCUAAAGUGCAACUGCAAGCCGGUGCCCCCCAAUCUUUUGAUGCUUCCUACGCGCCUGACUACACACGUAAAAAAACGGCGGUGAAACGGGCUUAAAUGUUCACGAUCGGAAAGUGAUUUAUCUAAGACGGCGUAAAUAAGAAAAAUGUCGGGAAUAUUUGAUGACAGUUACCGUGCGCCGUGUGCUAGAAUCGAAGCCGUAACCCUGGAAGGCAUCAUUCUAGCUAUGUCAUGCACGAAGAGUAUACGCCAACUUCGUAGGCUAUAUAUACAGGUUACUAAAUUUACAAGAUGAUCGUGUCAUUACAAAAUGUAUGGAGGUUGCACUUCAUGCCACUUUCAAUUCUUUGAGAAAAGAUUAAAGACUAGACUUUCCCUGAACAUUUCAAGAAAACUCAAGAUAGAGCAAAUAACAGACCUUUUUAUUCAGAGAACUGCAUUCUCUCUUAUGAGUUAUCGCAGUUAUGGGUCAGGAUAAAUGAUUUCCCAAGGAUUAAAAAAGGAUUAGAUAUACAUGCAUGCAGCAACCCCUCGCCUAUAUUUUCUAAACAUUGAUUUAACAUGAAGUAUUAGUAAUUGAUCAACACUGAACGCAAGCUCGCGUUUACGUCAGUGUUGCCAUUGCAACACGAUAAUCUUAAUUUUUAUUAUACUUUUGUACAAGCGGCAAAAUAGUUGAAAGAUUAUUGCUUUUAGUCCCUGGUUCCAGAGGUGUAUUUUUAUUAUUUUCAUUUCAUCGAGCCGCGCCAAUCAGUUUGAAUUAGAGUCAGAUCCUGACUCUGUCUCCUGAUUGGAUGAUUGUAUUAAAGCUCUCUGAUUGAUUCAAAUAAAACAUCUACAGGGUGUAUAAAAAAAAGCGCAAUCCUCGACUGAAAUGUAAAUUGCUAAACAAAUAAUGGACGAAAACGUUAAAGUUUACAUUCAUUUUAAAGCGUAUCCAUUCAGCUUUCUAACAGUGGGUUGUUUCUUAAAUUUGACUCAUUGGUUCGCGGGUAAUAAUACUUUACGUUAUUGCGAUUGGAGAUUAAAAAUAUUGAGAUGGAAUAACAAAUCGUUCUCAUGAAAAUAACUGAUUUUUUCAUUAAAACAAAAAAAUGUUGCAUUUUAUUAAAUGGAUUGUAACAAUAAGUAUAAUUACGGCUUUUCUUCCACUACUUUUAACUCAGUUUGAAACUUCAAAUGCGAUAUAAUUUUGGCUUGGACCAUCUAAGCUGACUGACAUCAACUUGCUAUAAUUUCUGUUUACAUUACAUCGCAAUUCGAUGACAUUCUGGCUCAGACACCAGAAUGUUUUGACGAUUUUUAGCAUUCGUUUAGGAUUUUAAAACAACCUGGUCUCUUUUAAAAUACUUUUAAUUUGUUCUUACGUGGUUUUCCAGAUGUAGUGACGACAACAUUAAAGUUUAAAGAAGAAAAUUCUAACAUUUAAAUCGACUAAACAAUAACAUAGUAAACUUGCAUAAUUAAACAGCAACUAAAAAUGAUAGGUUUACUAAAUCUUUUCCUGUGCAAUUAUUACUAGCAUUGGAGACAAGGAUAAUAGUUUGUUUGAAAGAGAAAAGAACAGGCUUUGAAGUAAGCCUAAAAGCGUUUAACUAGAAAUAGUAUUUCGAAAGUUAUUAAGCACAAAAGAUGAAUUGCGUUUAUUUUGGUACACCCUGUAUAACCAGUCAGAGAGCUUUAAUACAAUCAUCCAAUCAGGAGACAGAGUCAGGAUCUGACUCUAAUUCAAACUGAUUGGUGCGGCUCGAUGAAUCAAUUGCCGCUUUCAAUCAAUUGCCGCUUUCAGGUAUAUUUUAAACCUCUGGAACCAGGGUAUGCCUUUAACUAUAUAACAAUAAAUUUCCGAAAUAUGUACUGCAGGUAAUGUUGUUCUCAAUUUUGUGAGCUUUUAUUUAAUGUAAAAUUUAACCUGAAUCGCUUCGUAAAAUGUUUUGAAAUGUUCAUUUUAAUAAUUAAACUGCUUUUGCCGAUAAACUAUUUUUAUUUCCAAUUGUCGAGUAAUUUCAGUCAGGUCUUCAAAUUAAUUUGCUCUCCUUUACAUAUACCUCUACUUUUUUUUCUUAAAUUAAACAGGGUAAUUUAGGAAACUGACAGCCUCAUUGAAAAGGAAAACAACAGUGCUUGUUUUACGCAUAAAAUUAUUAAAGCAACAAAAUUCAUAAACAUUAAACAUUCACAGCAAACAUGCCCUAUAUUUCACAAUUUCCGUAGUAAAUCAAUUCUUGUCAUUUCUUCAAACAAAAAUUGCUUCAAAGCUUAUUGUGUGAAACGUGAUUUUCCAAAUAAAUGCAUUUGAAAAUUGAAAUCUUGCUUUAAUUUAAUAUCCUCAGUGUGCUUAUCCUACUCCUGGCAAACAGCCAUAUUUUUGGGAUCAGUGAGGAGGUCCACACAUGAACCAUAGUCACGGGCCCGAUCAUUGAUGAACUUUAGACUGUGCUAAUGCUUUCCUAUCCCCUGGUGUAAAUAGCCGGGCGGAAUUAGUACCCUCGCCCAGGUGAACGCCCGAAACGGCGCUCGACGCUGUUGGCUCGGGGAGUAUUAUUACCAUCGUUAUUAACAUUUUACUUAUUUUAGUCGCAACGUGGUUGGAUGAGUCUUUCUAUCUCGUGAGUGGCGAUAUAGUGGAAUCAUUUGUUAGCAGGAGAGACACUUUAUUAUGUCAUGUUUUUGAGAGUCAAGCCAUUGGAUAUUGGAUCAAGAAUAUUUCAAAUUUAACUACAUUUGCGGAUAACAAAAGACUUUUACAUGCUAGUCAAAAAGGAUUCAGCACAGAGAAGGACGUAGUUAACAGAGGAGAGAUUUGUCAUUCAGUCCUUGGGAUUCAUCAAAGUUACCCUGAAAAAAUGAGAAUGUUGUGGCGUACUUAUGAAAAAGAAAACAAGCCCAUCGCAUACCAGGUGCCUUCAAUUUCCUAUAACUGUAAAUAUCCACUUGCAAUGGAUCACAAGUUCUUCCGUCGUAGUAAAUUCUGGUUUGCUAAACUGAAAUUAUGCAAAGACAAUCCAAUAUGGAACCGAAGUGGAGAAUAUAAAGGACGAAACGGUCCGCACUUUUGA